GAUAUCAUUCUGCACACAUUAGCUUGCUUACUCAACACACAGCUAAUUAUCAGGUCAAUAGGUCACGCAUUACUCGCAUCGUUCGUAACAUAACACGCGUUGUGAACACAGAACAACACGCCGUGAUCUAAUACCUACAAUAUAAUUCAGCUCGUUAUGUGUUGAUGUCAUCCAACGACGCGAAAGUUAAAGUUGUUCCUACCGCCCGACCUCGGUAUUUGGUUGCAGUUUAUCGCUUUUGGGGCCAAAUUGUGGUGGUUUUCAGUAAUUUCGACCUAGAUCUGGUAUUAGUGUGAUUUCCGUUACAAUUUGCACCCGGUAAUUUGUGGACACGAGUGCUAAUUACCUUGUCUUGUAUACAAUAACAAGACAUAAUUGAAUACCGUCCGUGCACGUCUGCAGUACACAAGAUUGUAUAGUUUGUGAGUGUUUGCGGAUAUAAUAAUAGUUUGUCGCCUUUCUCGUGGGCCUUUGUUCGAGUUCACAUCAUCAGCAGCUUCAUUGUCAAGAAGAAUAACCUGAAGUAUCGCGCCUGAGGGGUCUUGUCAACAAAGAAUCAGUUGACUCUUGUUCUCCAAACCCUGUUCUAAGUUUUACCUUUUGUAAGCUCUCUCAAUCAUAAAGAAUGUCUGACCCGCAAGUUCCAGAGAGCCUGAACCUCAACCUUCCAGCACCUACCACACCUAGUGAUGUUCAACUUGAGGUUGCAGCCUCCCCUACUUCAGGGCCCUCCGCCUCAACAUCAGGCACUCGAACUUCUGUUGGUGAACCAGGGGCAGCAUCCAGUCCUAUGUCACCUGACAGUGUUAGCGGAGCUAAUAUUGCUCAGCUGAACUUAGAGCAGCCUCCUACUGCACUUGAUUGGGAAGAGGUGUCUUCAGAGGCGUCCGACGCUAUCAACAAUGUAGUUUCAGGAAUUGUGGACAGAAUGAGGAUAGAGAGAAUGUUCGAGUUGAGGAGGAUACAACACGGAGACAGAGCGGUGAGCACUGGGGAGACCGCCCAACAACUCGAGGAGUUCUUUACAAGGGAUCAGAAUGAUACUAUCCGAGCUCCUCGAUCUGAGGGAGUACAGAAUGAAUUAGAACUGUUAACAAGAAACAGGUCUGUAGGGAACCUCCUGAACACCCGGUUUAGAACACUCCUAGAAAACUCUCUCCGAGCUCCUCCCCAGCCAACUACAAGAAGCACGCCUAGUACCAGAACGGGCCCACUCCCACCCCCACCACCACCUGGGGCACCUAGAGUACCUCCAGCUCCACCAGUUCCUGGAGCUCUCCCUCCAAACGAAUCUACUGCUGCCCGACUAGAGAGGGAAACUGUAGCCGCUCAUAUGAGCCAAGCCGCUCUACAAGCCGCCGAACAAUAUGAGCCGCCAGACUUUGCAAAUAGACAGUUUGAUUACGCUAUCUCGGACGUAGAGGAGCUUUUCCAGCGACGACUUGUAUCCGAUGUUCUUCAUAGCACUUUUAGAAAUGUUCUCGAACUUCACAUAGAGCGGAGAUUAGUGAGAGCUGGAGUAGAGCCCCGACCCAGAGGCAGAGCUCAGGCAGCACCACAACCUCAACCUCAACCCGGAGCCUCUGGACAACAAGCUCAGCCGGCUAUAAACCCGUUCACGGGCACACCUCAUGUGAGACCCCUUGUCGAACCUUCAUCUUCUAGAAGAAUCCCUGAAAUCGAGAGACAGAUCCACGUCAUGUCAAUAGAGAUGAAGGAGAUGAAGGGCAUGUUAAAACUGCUGGUCGACACACAGUUGGAAAUGCAGCGAGCUGUCAGACAAGAAGUUAGCGCCAUGAUGAGAAGUUCCACAGUUGAGCCGGCAAAACCAACCAAGCAAGUGAAAGAAGGUACAUGUGUAGUCUGUCUGGAAUACCCAUGUGAUACUGUCCUCUACCGCUGUGGACAUCUGUGUUGCUGUUUCAGCUGUGCCAGAGCCCUAAAAGUGGCCGGCCAUCAUUGUCCAGUUUGUCGGGCUGAGGUCUCUGACAUUCUUCGUAUCUAUCGUUCAACAUAAAUAUUCUAACAUUUGAUUUUGAACAGUUCAUCGACCACUAGUGGGGAUUCGGUGAUUAAUGCAGUGUAAUAAUUAUAAUUUGAUACCAUACUUUUGUUAAUUACGUAAUUUAUAACGUUAGAUGUUAGUGGUUUGAUCGCUAUAUUUUCAUCGUCGUAAGACUUUGAUAGCAUACUAUAUCAGUUUAGUUUUAAUCAAGAGACAUUGACAUACGAUGAUUUAUCAUUUGUUCAUAGAAUUUUAGCUAUUUAAAAUUCAUGUUUCGAA